CAGGUUGUUGUAAAAGGAAAUUCAUCUGAUCUUUGGUUUCAGUGUGUCUGCAGUGUGAGCACACAUUCCUGUGCUGUUUCACCUCCACUUUUAAUAUCAGCUUCAAGUGAGUGUGUCAGUCAGAGGAGGAGGGAGGAUGUCUGUGGAGGUGGACGUGUUGCUGCAGGAGGCCAAGGAAAGCAUCGAGGCGGCCCAGAACUACCGCAGUGAGCUCCAGCAGCGUCUGCAUGGCCUCAGCCAGGCCCGCAAACAGGUCCGGGGCAGCUCGGGUCAGGCCCGCGAGGCCCUCCGGAGGCACUUUGCAGAGCUGCAGGUGGCAUCAUCUCGGUUGCUGGCGGAGCGACUGGCCACGCUGCUAGCUGAGGUGGACACCAUCGAGGCAGACAGCGUCAGACCGCUGGAUGAGUGCCAGAGCCUCAUUGAAAACGGGGUGGGCCAGGCCGACGAGCUGCUGAGGGAGGGGGAAGCAGCUCUGCGUUGUGGUCUUGGGGAGAAGGACAAACUGGGCAGUUUCACCAAGAAGGCCAUGCACAUCCAACUGGACAGCCUGCCGGAGGUGCCGGCGCUGGUGGACGUGCCGAGUGUUUCUGCCCAGCUGGACGACUCCCUGCUGGGUCUGCUGAGGGACCGGGUGUCCCGCCAUGGCUCCGUCUCCUCCCACCCGCCCGUCCAGAUAGAGGAGCUGCAGGAGAGACCCGGCAGCAUCCUGGUCCGCUGGUGUAAGGUGGACGAGGACUUCGCAGCAGCGGAUUACCGGCUGCAGUACCGGCGCUCCGGCAGCGGGGGGAGCCAAUAUGAGGAUGCCUACAUUGGUCGGGACUGUGAGUUCCUGGUUCUGCACCUGGACCCUCACACAGAUUACCUGUUCAGGGUGUGCGCCCGCGGGGAGGGUCGCACCGAGUGGAGCCCCUGGAGCAUCCCGCAGACAGGAUACACCACACUGGCAGCACACGAGUGGUGUCCGGGCACUGACGGCUACAUCCUGAGCAGCAGGCGAAACAUCGCUCUGCGUAACGACUCCUCCCAGUCGCGCUGCCCCGUCCUCUACUCCAACGCACCCACGUACUUCUGUGGCCAAACGCUGACCUUCAAGAUCUCUGCAGCAGGUCAGAUGGAUCGGAGGGACAGUCUUGGUGUGUGUGUGGACAGUCAGAAAGGGGCGGAGUCACUUCAGAGAGACCAGUCCGUCUGCAUCUCCACCAAUGGUGCUGUGUUCGUCAACGGCAAAGAGAUGACCAACCAGCUGCCCGCCAUCACUGUGGGCUCCGCCGUCACCUUCGACAUGGAGGUGGUGAACCUGAUUCCCAUCAGCAACAACAACCUGAGCGAAGGCGGCAGCUUCAAGCUGAGGGUGACCAUCGGCUCGGGGAAUCGGGAGGUGGUGUUCGAUUGGCUGGUGGACCAGGCGGUGGACGGCCUCUUCUUCGGCUGCUCUUUCGUCCACUCCGGCUGGAAAGUGCUGGUGUUUUAACAGCUCCAUCUGUCAGCUUUUUAAAAAGAGGAGUGCCAAGAUGGAUCCCUUAAUGUGCUGGAGUUCAGGAGGUCACACUCCUCUCCAGUUUAAACUCCUCUCUUCUGUUGUUGUUCCUCCCGCACCUGAGCCACACCUGACAGGGUGACGAGUCUGGACAAAUCAGUCUCCUUCUCCCCAGAAUUUCUCCAGCAACUGUGAAUCAGGUUUCCACGUUAGCAGCUACGCAGUAUUUGUCUGUAAUUCAGUGGUCAGCAUGGUGGAAAGCCUGGAGCCCUGGAGCUUUUCCAGACACAGAACAUCUCUGCAGCUAGCAGCCGCUGUGAAGGCUCAAGUGGAAGUGAAACCACGUGAAGCAGUUUUCAGGAGUGGAUCUGUAGUCGUUUCCACAAAGUGCAGCUUCAGAACCUCUGAGCCACAGUGGGCAGGUUUCAUUUCUGUUUGGAGGGGACAUUAAACAAGUUCAAAGUGCAGUUCCUGGUGCUUCAGAGGGAAUAUUUUUGUGGAGGAUGAUGAGUUUUCCAGACAAACGUGCAACUGUCAUCAGUCGUGAUUCCAGUUCUGCUGCCUUCUUCAGUUUUACUUCUGCUUUCUCGAUCAAAAACAGCUGCUUGUUUCUGUGGCUCGAGAGGCGCAGAGUCGAUGUGUUUACAUGCUUUUACAGUAAGAGUUCACAGCGAUCUGAUUCUGUCACAUGUUGACCAGUCCUGGUCUUCGUCAUCAGGGACGCGACUCAGAGAAACCUGAUGUUCCCAGCUGGGUUUCUCCUGGAGCAAACCUGGGGCCUGUGUUUACAUAUAUUCACAAAGUUUUGGAGCCGAUCCAGUAGACUGUCAGUUGGGUCCGCUCGGGUUUUGUUAGCCACUCGCUACACUGAGUGUCUGGCAACAUGACAGGAAGACCCCUGCGGAGAUACUCACAUGUCUGUGUUUUCUUACGGCCUUAAUGUGCAGGUUUAGUUUAACGUGUGUGAAAUCUGGUUGGUCCUGAUGAGUCCAGACUCUGUGUGAAACCCUGUCAGUGUGGAGCAGCAGCCUCACAAACUCUGAACGACCGUCCUGCUGCUCGUCUUCAGGGAGCUCCCUCGGAGGACCCAUAACUGUGUUCUUCUUGGCUUUUUUUAGUUUCUUUUUGUUUACAGCUUUCUUUGUUUUAGUUUGGCAUCUCCCUUGCCGUGGGAGAAGACUUCCAGUGGGCUGUCGGUCUAAGCAUCAUCUUAACGUGGUGUCCAUUCAGUCGCCGUUCCAAGGAGGACACAUUAAGUUUUUGUCUUUGUUUGUUUGGGAGCAGCAAAAACCUGCCGCUACUGGUCUCUUUAUUUUUAUCUUAUCAAAAACCCAUCACUGUGAAACCUCAUCCUGUGUUUUUCUUUGCCUCCUAAACUUGUUUAAAAGAACAGUUCACCAGAAACAACCUGACUGUUAGCUGUUAUCUGUCUGAGUUUGGAGCUCAGCGGAAGCCAGCAGCCUGACAAAAUGUCGGAAAAGGCGCCUCAAAGAUCAAACUGUGUCUCAUCAAAUGCAAUAAUAUAAUAAAUUAAAGUUGGACUGUUUCCAAUCCGGAGUCUCUGCAGGUGUUCGAGUAAAAACCUCAGACUUUUACCGUCUUCAUUUAAUUAUAAAAUGUCAGGUCCUCGAUUUUGGCUGACUGUUGCCCUAUAACAUAAUCAAACUGUUACUUUGAAUUAUUUUAGCUUUUCUUGCCUUGACAAUCCUAACAGUAUUUAGUGAAUCUGUUGGUUUGGUGGGACGGUGGGAGCCUGCGUGUGCUGGUUAAAUAAAUCUGUGAGGAGCUCAUUCAGUCCAGUUUCAGUCUGUUAAUCACAGUGAGUGAACCUCUUCUUCUGUGGUGGCGUAGAAUAUUUUAACUGUUACCAUAACCAAAUGAGAAGUUGGGUCCAGCAUGGACCACCCAGCCGUUGACUGUCACGACCUCUGCGACCUUCAGUUAACGAAGGGAGAAAAGCAUCUGAGAAUUUGCCAUUUUUACCCAACACUUGACCUGCUGUGACUAACUUAUCACGUGUUGGUCAGGAUGCUCUUCUACUUUUUUGGAGGCCACGGCUCCUGCCCGGUAGUUGCUAAAAUCAUAUUUCCAGCAUGUAAAAUCCACAUGAUGUUACAUCCCUGUUUUUGUACGAACAAACGAGACCAGCGUGAAGUUUGUCUCAGAGGUUUUUUUUUCCGAAAAGUCAAACCGUUCCUUUAACGACACAUUUUGGCGACAUGUAUUUUCUAGUUAUCAAAAUGAGACAGAAUAGCUGACGCCUGUGUGUUGAUGUAUGGAACCAAAAAGAAAAUUACAAAAAUCAUCAGAGUGUCUCCAACCAGCAUCACGGCUUUCCACCAUAUUUAUGUUACUUUAACGAAUGUCUUUGUGUGCUGUCAGUUUUAUUCUGUGUUUUUUGACUUGUGUGGUGGAGCGAAGGCUGUUGGAGGCCAACAUUUCAGCUCUUCUGAGUCUGUUUUUCAAGGACUGUUUUUGGGUCCAGCCCCAACCAACAUGUCCUCUUCAGCUGUCUUCUUCAGAGAUGUCUCCAUGUUUGUCUGCUGAUCUGAGGUCAGUGGUUUGUCCUUGUGGAGGACAGUGGAGCCCUGGAUGGGUCCAGGUGAAGGUACAGAUUUCCCGAAACCAGUGAACACAACUUGAGUGUAUCUUCUGAGGGAGAUUUGACAGUGCAGACAGCGACACCUGCUGGUCAAACAUCUGCAUUGCAUUGUUCUCACUGCUGUCGUCGUUUGUUUUGUUCAAUAAAGGUCAUUAUGAAGACUGAU